AUGUCUUCUACACAGGCGGCUGAGAUUAUUUCGGCCGCCAUGAAUACUUCCGCAGUGCCAUCUUCUUUAUCAGCCGUAAAUCUAUCUUUGACUCCACGCGAUCUUCUCUCACUCCCCCUCCGCGGGCUCCGACGAGCAGAAACGUUUGCCAUUUCGUUCGUCCCUACACGCCUUGCAAGACUAGUCAGACUUCAGGAUAUGAACACACAGCUCUGGAAUACACCUGGUGCGGGACCACAAAUACAUGUUGCGGCGGCGGCAACGGAGGCUGCUGGGGAGGCUGCAAGAGGCGCGGUAGGGGCCGCAGCCCAGGCCGAUACCAGUAUUCAUUUCGCAGACCUUUCGGUGGUCGCUCGCUUGUUUCACAGUGGUGAGGGUUCCGGUUUUUUGGUUAACUUGAGCCAAUGUUCUAAUUAUUUGGAGGCGCUCGUUUUGAACAGGAUCACGAUAUAUGCUUCUACAAGGCGACAUCUCCACUUGGAUUGGACAAGGCGGCUGGCGUUACGCAUAAUCCCUAUUCUUCUUUUUGUCUCCCAAAUACACACCCUCCUUCGGGCCAUCAAAUGCCAAACGUCGCCUGGCUAUCCUGAACUCCGCUAUGGCGCCCCCGGGAAGAGUCUGGUAUUGGACCAUGGUGGAGAUGGGGGCUUUCUAUAUUCACUCAGCUCGGCUUUACUUCCAUGGGAGACCGACCAACAAUCGUGCAGUGCGAUGGGCAUGAACCGCGUUGGGUCCGAGAUUCCUAACGGCACUUUCAGGUUGCUGUGGCCCGUUUUUCUGCGAAUAUGCUUGGGCCACUUCGUGGAAACACUCUCAAGCUCAUUACAGGGACGUCCCGUUGUCCCUGAGGGAGGAAUGUCCAUUUUUGAACAUUCACUCUCGUUCGCCGAAGCAGAAUCAACCAUUAGUCAGUCAUUAGGCCUGGGGCCAUUCAGCUCACCCAAACCAAGCACAGGCGGAGACAGCAGCGGUGAUGGCUCACGCUCAUCCCUUCAACUGCUCACUAAAUCUCAAAUUUUGGACCGGAUGAAUGUCACCCCAGAGUUACUGCUGAUUGCGUUGAUCUCUUGUUGCCACUGCUUAUCUUCCAAUGUACUAGAUGUUCUCGGCAAGCAAAGCAGAUACCGCCUUACCAACACCACUUUCUGGGGUCUCUGUUUCAUGGCCGCAAUGGCAUGGGGUCUUGUUUAUGGAUCUCCAGUGGAAAUUGAUGGGUUAUCUAUGAGAUUUCCGACCGUGUGCGUGGUCGGCUUCAUACCCCAUCUUAUGAUUCUAGUCGGCAUCAUUGUAUGUGCGGCAAUUUACUCUAUUGCCCUUUUCAUAACUGCUUUCUCUCUACCUUCUGAUAUCCCCCAACAGUUAUCUCUCCGUGAGAGAUUUGGCCUGGCGCAUGAGAAUAUGCAAGGAUCCAACCAGGUUGGCAGUGUACGCUUUAGCAGACACGAGGAUUUUUACACUGCCCUGCUCAGGAUUGGGUUCACCGCUUUGACGGCUGCGAGCGAAGCUGUCUUUCUUAACGAGGGAAGGAGGGUUGUUGCGCGCAAUAUGACAUGGCUGGAGGAGGAUAGACUUGCUGAGAUCGAACAAUCCCGCCGCCGCUCCUCUCAACCAUGGCCGCAAAGCUCGGGUCCCCUAACCGCAGAUAUUUCGCUGGAAAGUGGCGAGCCUGUCACCUUUGAGAUCCAGGGAACUGCGUCAGAAUGGGAAACCGGCUACGGGCGGGAGAAGAAGUUUGAGAAGCCUAAGAACAACAAGUCACGAACUUCACGGUAUCAAACUAACCCUGGCGGUGUUGGUGCCUUCCGUGGGCUCGUUCGAUGCUACCAGGGGAUUGCUUUUUUCCGCGCAAUCUUCUAUCUCAUGUUAAAGUGGGUAGCAUAUGUCUUUGAUAAAGCUUUAUCUCGGAUUGGUAUCACUGCUCGGCCAGAAUGGAUGAGGAGGGUUGUAAGGGGAAAGGAUACGCAGGAUAACUUAGCAGACACGGCCGUUGCCGAACCAUUGGACUUCUGGAUGCUUACGGAUGACGGAGAGCUAGAGUUGCCGGUCAACCAUGAGUUUGACGUCGAGAGAGAGAUGAGAAAAAGAGAACGGCUAAAUGCAAGUGACGGAGAUUCCUUCGAUGAGCAACGCUUGGACGAGAAGCUCUACAAUUGGUGGAAAGCGGGGGGUUCAUGGGGCAACCAAGAUCAAACGCCGGAUUAUCAUCUGCCUGAAGACGACUGGGAUGACACAACUAGUGUUGUAUCGACCGUGGCCACCGACUCCGAGUGGGAGUACGAAUCGGAUGGCCGACGCACACCGACACAGACUGACCCGUUCCCCGGCCGGUAUUCCAGAGAUGGCACCCCUGCGCCAGAGUCGCUCAUGGACGUUGGCUCGAUUGCUCGUCUUCUCGACCCGCGCGACGAAGCCACUCGACAGGAAGCUCGAAUCUUAGCAGCUCACCUCAACGCCGGGCGAGAAGGACGAAUCAUGACAAGACUUCAAUAUCUAAGACAGGUCGAACGGCAAAGAGCCCAGGUCCUGCUAAGCCCGCAGCACUCCCAUCUAGCAGCGAGAAGCUCGAGUGAGGGAAAGCAAAAGCCCAGCACACAGGAAGAGUCCGAAAUCUUAGAGAAACUCAUCCUGGACAAGCGCUCUGCAGCCUCCUCGAGCAACGGCAACACCGAGCAAACCUGGGAAUCCGGCGCCUCGGGCCUAGGAUCUAGCGGCCCUCCCUGUGUCGUCUGCCAAACAAACUCUCGCUCCAUCAUCGUCUGGCCCUGCCGAUGCCUGUGUAUAUGUGAGGAUUGCAGGAUUUUAAGUGGCGCAGGGCAUGGAGAGCUGGCUCUCAAAAAGGUGUUUAAUAUUGAUGCUGGGCCUCUCGAUUCACUGAAACCCACCAUGUCUUCAAGCAAUCCCAAUGAUAGCGAGCCUCAUUCUUCGGGAUACGAAGCCGACAUCAGUGACCAGAUUUCUGAAGCUAGCACUGUAACCACCACCGAUGCCGUGAACGAUCGUAGCGGCGAAAACAACGAAAACAACGAGCCCGAAACAGGAACCAUUUGGAUCGGCUGCGAUGUGCGAGAUGCCGGUCCAGGAGUUCGAAGCGAUGAUAAUGCAGAAUUUGGAACCAUAGUGAUCGGAUGUUCCCUGAAUGAUAUGGGCUUCGAUACCUACCAGGCCUACCUGGACGCCGAUGACCAUGACCAAGCUACCGUGGAACACAUCGAGGAUGUUGGAGAAAUGGCGGACGUUGAGGACUCGAGUGGUGCGGCUGGUGAUGCGAGCAGCAAGAAAUCGAGACGCUUGCAGAUGAGGAACACUAAGCUGAUAAAAGCAUCUCGCAGAGACGAAACACCUACCGAGCCCGGUCCUUCGCCGGUCAAUCCAGCGGCUUGA